AUGUGGACGGACGUCGAGGCCGAAUACAAGGCCUGUUCCGCGGUGAUGGCUGACGAGGAUCCAGAAAUCCAAGCGGACAUCCGGGAAACAUAUGGCGAAUGCUAUGGGGUGUUUGAGCAGUGUCUCAGCGACCUCAAUGCCCAGCUGGCCCCCUCCGCAGUCCUUCCUCCCGCACAUCCAGUCCAACAGGGCGGCUGCUCCGAAGCGACGUUCAUCACUGAACGCCUCUUUAACAUCAUUAAGCCACCGUUCGAAGCUAUCCAGGCUCAAGUCGCGGGUUUAAACCAAACCGUAGCGGCUAAGGCGCAAAAGCGUUGCCACUUCAUGAUCGGGGCCGCCUCCAGGCCGGGCCUCAAGAUCGAGACCACGGCAUAUGUUCUGCCUCAAUUAGCAGGCAACCUUCCUUCAUAUCCGAUACCGCAGCACUUCUUGGAUAACCUUCCAAACCUCCAAUUGGCAGACCCUUCCUUCCACCGAAGCUCGCAGAUUGAUGUGCUUCUAGGCGCUGACAUCCUUCCUGCUAUCCUGCUGAGCGGCUUCCAGUCUGCCAUUUGUGGCUCGCUGCUGGGACAAGAGACCAUCUUCGGAUGGGUCCUAUCCGGUCCGGUAUCAGCUGACUCGGCUCGGACGGUUUCCGCCUUCACCACGAAGCUCUCGUUUAAUUCGGAUGUCCGACUCGAGAAGCUUCUCACCAAAUUCUGGGAGGUGGAGGACCUUCCGGGGAGACCGACGAGCGAGUCCGAUUCAGUGUGCGAGGAAAACUUCCUCCAGACCACUAAACGAACCCCCGAUGGGAGAUACGUGGUUACUCUCCCUUUCAAGUGUCCAGAAAAAGUCGAGCUAGGCCACUCCAGAAGCGCGGCCAAGGCCCAGUUCCUUAGAAACGAGCAGCGGCUGCAGCGGAACUUGCCGCUCAAGAAGCAGUACGACUCCGUCAUUCAGGAGUAUUUAGAGCUCGGCCACAUGACAGCGGUUACACCUAGUCAUGAUUCCGGCCAUUUCUACCUGCCACAUCACGCCGUGUUUAAACCCGACAGCACCACAACCAAAUUGCGCGUAGUCUUCAACGCCUCCAGCCCGUCUUCCAACGGGAAAAGCCUCAACGACACGUUGCAUGCUGGGCCAGUCCUUCAGUCUGACUUGACCAUGCAAAUCCUGAGGUGGCGCGUCUUUCGCUACGUUUUCAAUGCCGACAUCAACAAGAUGUAUCGGCAAAUCCAACUCACCACUGUCACUUUCGGAGUCAACUGCGCACCGUACCUCGCCCUCCGCGUCCUCAAGCAACUCGCACAAGAGGUGCGUCCACAGCUGCCGAUGGCAAGCGUCAUCCUGGAGAGCGACAUGUACGUGGACGACGUGCUCGCUGGUGCUCACUCUCAGUCUCAGGCAAUUUCCGCCAUUGCUGAACUACGCGAAGCACUCGACUCUGCAGGGUUUCCGCUCCGAAAGUGGACAGCUAACCAUAAGGGCGUCCUGCGCGACAUUCCAGUCGACCACUUACUCCGCGCUGACUUCCUAGAGCUGGAAGAGAGUAGCAUCGCUAAGACGUUGGGAAUCCGAUGGCAAGCCAGUGCCGACGAGUUCUUCUUUUCGCCUCCCGCUUUAAACGAGCGACAAUCCUGCACGAAGCGCAAUGUGCUGUCCCAGAUCGCGCAGCUCUUUGAUCCAGCGGGAUGGCUUGCCCCCUUCGUCGUCCAAGCGAAAAUAUUUAUGCAGGAGAUUUGGUUGAGAGAGUUAGGAUGGGAUGACGUCCUUCCUAACGAUCUGUCUCAAGCCUGGGAGACAUUCCUGAACAGCUUUCCGGCCAUCCAAGGGAUCCGCAUUCCGCGGUGGUUACACGUCUGUCCGAUGGCCAAGGUACAGAUUCAUGGGUUCUGCGACGCGUCUCAACGUGCCUAUGGGGCAGCGAUCUACGUCCGAGUUGAGCGUCCGCAGGGCAUUACUCGAGUGUGCGGAGCUGUCCUUCUGACAGAACUCUCCGUGGCCAUCCUUCCUCAAAUGCCGCUCGACGCCAGCCAGGUGUACUUUUGGACCGAUUCCACUAUUGUGUUGGCCUGGUUGAACAGGCCGGCAUGUGAUUGGACCACCUUUGUAGGGAAUCGAGUCGCCAAAAUCACUCGCUGUUGGCCCCGCGAACGAUGGAGCCACGUCCGAUCCGAGGACAACCCGGCCGACCUCGCCAGUCGAGGGCUCGGACCCACUGAACUGGUCGGCAAUGACAUGUGGUGGCAUGGCCCUGCGUGGCUGCGUGGUCCGCAGUCGGAGUGGCCUUGUCCACGAGGCUCAAUCCUUGAGACCGACUUGGAGAAACGAGCCGUCAAGGUUCACCACGCCACUGACACAGCCUCGGACAUUCUCAGCCGAUUUUCCGAAUUCGGACGCGCUCUGCGCGUGAUCGCCUACGUUCGGCGGUUCGGCCUGCGCGUCAGAGGGCAAGCAACGCCAGUCCACGUAUCCACAGAGCUAGACAAUAAAGAGGUUGCUAGCUCUCAAGCUGUCACCAUCACGACCCAACGCUUCCAUUAUACGGCGGAGCAUCGCUGUCUUGUAAACAAGCAGCCACUUCCGACUACGAGCUCUCUUCAGAACCUCAAUCCGUUCCUGGACCGAAACGGAGUCAUGCGGGCAUGUGGCCGGGUCCGAUCCUUGGCAUCCAUGACCUACAAUGAGCGGCAUCCAAUCCUGUUGCCACCCGCAUGCCUCCUGGUUCGCCUGCUGGUUCGAUUACACCCAUCACGUAUCCCUACAUGGUGGGGAACCGGCUGGUCAUCCGCCUCUACCGGGCGACGUCUGGAUCCCUCGACUUCGUCACGUCGUGAGGUCAGUAAUGCUCGCUCCU